AUGUAAAAAAAAUGGAUAUCGAGAAUUUCGUCAUAGUGGCACUUUAACAGAAGAUCCUUUUUUACGUAGAAGUGUUGAGCUUUAACUUUUAUUAUGGGGCAUUUGCACUGUUCUCACGGCCCACCGUGUGGGUUAUGGCUGGGGAAUGAUGGGCGGGCUUUGAAAUGACAGAGCCAUUAUCAUAAUUCUACGUCUUUUUUGUGCUUUUUCAAUAACCAGUAUAAAUUAGUGUUCCCACAUUAGUAUGGACUGUUAAAAUUUCCAAAAUAAUACGGUUGCAACACUCAAAUACCAGUCAUAGGAAAAAUUAGGGGAAGGUAAAGGGGUGAAAAUUGAAGGAGAAAUGCAUCAGUCAAUUCAAGUAGUACCCUUCACCCACCUCCCCGUCAACCGCGCGGUAUUAGCAAGUGUUGAAUCAUGAUGUGACGUGCGUGACGGUCAAAUUACCCGUGACGAGGACCGUCACGAAACCGUCUCGAGCGGAGGUCAGUUUGGGUUACUUACAGGAGUAGGGCGAGUUGGAGUGUCAUGGCCAAGUGUGCGUGACUGUUUCCUUCGCUAAGAAGAGAUCAAAUAUUCACAGGGUUUUUGUAUUUCUAAAGUCUAGGUUAAACAUCCAAAAUGAUCAUGUUUAUUCUGACCGUUUCUAUUUUGCUAUGGUUCAUGUACACGUUCUGUAAAGAGGAAUUUACAUCGCCGUUGAGAAAAAUUCCAAAGCCCGAUGGUUCUGUUCCUGUUUUUGGUCAUUUGUGGACUUUUCUUCGUGAGAAAAACCAUUUGAAGUUGAUGCGGGAUUGGAGUGAAAAGUACGGUCCAAUAUUUCGUUUCAAUCUUGGUUUUGGGGAACCAAGAGUCGUCUUGUCCGAUCCUGAUCUGAUCAAGCAUGUGGCUGUAACAAAUUCCAAGAACUAUGAUCGCGCUCCAAUUUUGCAGUUUCUUAUACCCAGCAUUGGUAACGGUUUAUUCUCCUCUGUUGGGAAAGAUCAUGCUCAUCAACGUAAAAUGAUCAAUCCUACAUUUAAUUAUAAUAAUUUGACCGGGAUGGUAGAUGAUUUUGAAGAUGUUACCAGCAAUCUUGUGAAGCUCUGGACAGAACAAUUGACCAAUACAACUGAAGGAUUCUUGGAGGUGCCUGUCUACUCAGACUUGGCUCAUCUGACGUUAGAUAUCAUUGGGAGGUGUGCCUUUGGUUAUCAUUUCAACACUGUGCUGUCAGGAGAAACUGAAAUUUCAAGUGCAUUUUCUGCUGCUAUCAAAGGCACUGCUUAUGGCCGAGUCUUGCGAAGGAAAUUCAUUCCACUAUAUGACUACCUUCCACUGGCCGAGAAUAAAAGGGCAAAGAAAGCACUUGAAAUAACAAAUGGGACUGUUCUUAAGAUAAUCAAAUCAAAACGUAAGAAAAAGGAAGAAGGAAUUGAGUCUUCUAAGAGAGACUUGUUAAGCUUGCUUAUGGACCAACACGACGAGGAAACAGGGGCCACCAUGGAUGAUGAACUUCUCAGAGCCCAGGUGUUUACCUUCAUGUUAGCUGGUCAUGAAACUACCAGUGUGUCCAUGAUGUGGACCUUGUAUGAACUUGCGAGACACCCAGACAUAGCUGAACAGGUCCGAGAAGAGAUCCAGUUGGUUAUGAAGGACUCAUCAGAAUUGACGUGGGCAAAACUGGCCGAGUUGAAGUUUCUUGGAAAUGUAAUAAAGGAAUCUCUGCGGCUGCACGCCCCAGCAAUUAUGGCAGUGCGCGUUGCAAAAGAAAAUGAUGUGAUUGGUGGAUAUGAAAUUCCCAAGGGUACUACUGUGUUUCUAGGAAUUGACGCUGUACACCAUUCAACAAAGUUCUGGAAGGAUCCUCGUGUUUUUGAUCCAGAGAGAUUUGACGAAAAUGAUGACAGUCAUCUCCCAGUUCAUCCUUAUGCCUUUUUGCCAUUUUCUACGGGUACUUAUUCGUGCAUAGGCAACAAGUUUGCCAUGGUGGAGAUGAAAGCUGUGUUAUCCACUCUCAUACAACAGUUUGUCUUUGAAGAGAUUCCUGGAUUCACUGUGACGCCAAUUAUUCGACUGACAGCAAAGCCAGAUCCACCAUUACGUUUGAGGAUAAAAAAUUGACAAGUUGAAUAUUAAAAUAGUUUUGCCUGUGUUACAAUUUUGCUAAACAUGAGGUCGGAGUCGAUAAUAAGACAAUAUACAUACUAAAACUAGCCAGUGAAGCUAUGUUUUUUACGAUAAUUUAUAACUAUAAUUUGCAAUAAUUAAUUAUAAAUUAAUUAUAAACUAAUAAAUUAAUUAACUAAUUGUUAAUAAAUUAUUAUCUAUUAAUUAUAAAUUUGUAACGUAUAUUUCUUCGUUGAAUUGAUUUUUACAUAGGACUUUGCAUUUAUUAACGACCAUUUCACGCAACGCCCUGCACUUAUCAUAAUUCUAUAUCUUUUUUGUACUUUUUCAAUAACUAGUAUUAAUUGGUGUCCACACAUUAGCAUUGGACUAUUAAUGAUAAUUUACAAGUUAUACGGUCAUGACACUUAAAUAAAGUCACAGGAAAAACUAGAGGUGAAAAUUGAAGAAGAAAUGCAUCCGUCAAUAGGUCAUUUUACAGUUGUGUGCUUAGAUACCUGGGCUAUGACUACAAGCGAGGCUGAAGGUGACCUUGCCUUGAUAAAGAUCUCUCUGCUUUUCUCAUGCAAAUGCCAACUAAUUAGCAUACGAACAACUUGAUUUACACAGAAAAAACAGUGAGGUCUUUGUCAAAACAAGGUCACCUCCACCCUCGUUGCCAUUCAAGACCAGGUCACUGAACAGACAACUGUAAAAUGGUGGAUUCUAGUAGUACCCUUCUCCCACUUCUCCCGUGACGAGGACCGUCACGAGACCGUCUCUAUGGGGGUCAGGUCAGAUGACCUGCACCUCUUUAAAAUUUCAAUUUUAAUUCGUUCCUCCUUUUGGCCAUGUGUGGACAUUUCUGCGUGCGAAAAACCAUUUGAAGUUGAUGCUGGAGUGAAAAGUAUGGUCCAAUCUUUCGUUUCAAUCGUGGUUUUGGUUAGUGGAACUCAAGUUUAUAAAGACUAACUACAUGUGCUCUCAGAGUACUGUGUAACUGGCAGCGCGAAUUGUAUCGUAGCACGUUAGUUAAGUUCGAGGCCGAGUCAAGUUGGAGUCGCGAAUCAAGCAAAAUUUGCUUGUUUCCUGGUUAAGGGGUCGUCAAGACUUGUAAAUGCUGGUCCAACCGGCCUUCAGUAUCGUGGACUUGCAAAGCUUACGUGAUCAGUUUCGAAGAUGUAUGGUUAAUUGAGUUCUAGAAAGUCUAGAAAGCUACGGUUGAGUUGCUUUUGAGAAGCUUCACUUCACGCUGGCGAGAUUUCAUUUUCUUGUCAGCGAGUUUACAAUUUCUCGCAAGUGAGUUGUCAUAUUCUUGCUGGCAAGUUUACAAUUUCCCACUAGCUAGUUUUCAAAUUCUCGCUUAGUGAGUUUGUGAGUUAGUGAGUUUAUCGCUAACGAAUCUACCGUGAGGUUAAAAUAAAUGCAAGGCCUGGAACAAAAGUCGGUGAAUCGUCGCGAAAAAUUGACAAAAAUGUUAAGAAAGAGAAAAGCCAACAACACCGGGUAAUUUCCCCGUAGGUCACCCACCCAAAUACCAACCCUGCCAGACAGGGCUUUUGAAACUUCGGUGAUCGGACGAGAGUCGCUGCUUUCCUUCAAUUGAAUCGACAGGAUACGCUUUAAGCUUAACAUAGUCAACUGUGGUGUUUGUUAUUCUUCUUGUUGUUUUGGUUCGUUAUGUAUUUUUCGGUUCUGCGUAAAAACAAUUACAUAUGCAUCCCGAUAUCGUCAUGUGAUACUGGUCAGUGGAUACCU